GUCAAGUUCAAGUCAUGGGACAGGUCGAUAUGCUCAAGGAGAUCCUCCGCCACCGUGCGGGGGCUCCUCCUCUCGCUGUUAAGGCCGAUCUUUCUGGUAAAACGGUCAUUGUCGUAGGUGCCAAUACAGGGAUUGGUCUGGAAGCAGCCAAACAUUUCGUGAACAUGAACGCCUCCCGGGUAAUCCUUGCCUGCCGGAAUGAGGAAAAAGGCAGAAGAGCUGUGGCAGCGGUGGAAAGCGCGACCGGAAAAAAGACCGCAGAACUCUGGAUGAUCGAUCUGGCUCGAUUUUCCUCUGUGGUUGAAUUCGCGGAGAAGUGGGAGAAAGACGGGGGCCGCCUUGAUUACCUCGUCAUGAACGCUGCCAAAGCGACCUUCACGUACACGAAGGAGGAAGGGUGGGAGUCGACACUGCACGUCAAUCACCUAUCCACAGUUCUGUGCUCUUUGCUCCUUCUACCUUCACUUUUGAAGACGGCCUCGGAACAUUCUGUCCAGACCAGAUUAGUGGUCGUGGCCAGCGGCGUUCACUACUGGAUGGAUCUCAACGAGUCUAUAAGGCAGUCGCCCAGCAUCCUGGAGAAGUUAAGUGAAGAAGGGGUUCUGCAAGGACAGCAACUAUAUGUGACAUCGAAACUGCUCAAUGUCCUCUUUGUCAGAGCACUGAAUGCACGCCUUCCACCGGCAUCUCCCUUGAUCGUCACCGCAAUCGACCCUGGAUACUGCGACUCAGAGCUCCGCCAUGAAGCCGAGGACUACCCGCCUCCGUCCGUCGAGCACAAUGGGGAGCGAAUCGAGCUGGUGACUAUUACGAGUGAGGAGGGCUCCCGUCAAAUUCUGUACGGCGCUCUAGGACCACCGGGAGCAGUUGAAGAUCCGUCAGCCGUAGACAAGAUUAAAGGCGGAUAUGUGUCUUGGAAUGAAAUCGUGGAGCCAAGUGAUUUCGUCCUGAGCGACGCUGGAAAGGAAAGCGGGGACCGCAUAUGGGAUGAAACUGUCCAGGUGUUGAAUAAAGUGACUCCGAAAGUUGGUAAAAUUGUGGAGCGAUAUCUCAAGGCUUAAUGAGGAUUAUAAGCAUGUAGUACGCCU